AUACUUAUUGCCAGAUCUUACUUGUAUACUAUUUAUAUAUAAAUUCAAUUAUAUGAAUCAUCAUUUGCAAUGUAAAAGUGUUUCUAGACUUCAUAAAUUUUAGGUUAUCUGAAGAUAAUUGUUAUAAAAAAAUUAUUCUUCAUCAAAGUGAUAACAAAUAACAUUUGAUAUAUAAGAAUAAGCACGUGAUUAUUUUCUAUCUACUAUGUAUUUAUAACUCAGUAUAAGUUAGUAUUGAGUGUCAUUACUCUUCUUGUUUAGCUGUAAAGUUUUAGGUUAACCUUUUUGAAGUAAACCACAAACAGAAAAGAAAUGUGAUAUUUAAAAAAUAAUUCAUAAAAUUCAUAACACUGAACAAUAUAUAAUUCUAAAUCAUGGAUACCACUGUAAAUACCGUGGAAAAUGAUUAUACAGAAAUAGUUCAAAGACUAUCAACCAAACAAAAAUGGGCUUUUGGUGUAGGUCAUGUUUUAAAUGACAUUUGUGCAUCCAUGUGGUUUACGUACUUAAUUGUAUUCUUUCAUUUUGUACUGGGAUUUGAUCCUGUUUCGUCAGGGAUUGUUUUAUUAAUUGGUCAAGUAGCUGAUGCUUUCUCUACACCAUUUAUUGGCUUACAAUCUGAUAAAGAUGAUGAUUUUUGGCUGUGCAAAUAUGGAAAGAGGAAAACAUGGCAUUUAAUAGGAACAAUAUGUGUGAUUGUCAGUUUUCCAUUCAUAUUUUCUCCAUGUAUUAAUUGCAAUCAUACACAUAAAUGGGCACAAUUAGUUUAUUAUUCAGCUUUUAUAAUCAUUUUUCAAUUUGGUUGGGCGGCUGUUCAAAUUUCUCAUUUAUCUUUGAUACCAGAUCUUACUCCAACAGAGCAUGAAAGGACAGAGUUGACAGUAAUCAGGUAUAUUUUUACGGUAUUUUCAAAUGUGUUUGUUUAUUGUAUUACUUGGGCAGUAUUACAUAUAACAAGUGAAAAUUCUACGAAUCAAAUUGGACCAAAUGAUGUAUAUAAAUUUCAACAUAUUGUAAUAAUCGGAAUAGUAAUUGGUACAAUUGCAUCAAUUGUAUUUCAUACUUUCACUCGAGAAGGUGUUCGUGAUUCUAGUGGCCUUAUUCGUCGAGAACAACGAUCAGCCUCAUCGUAUUUAAAAGACAUUAAAUUUUAUCAGGUUGCUGGAGUUUACAUGCCAACAAGAUUAUUUGUAAAUAUAUCACAAAUAUAUAUGCCAAUAUAUCUUCACGAGAGUUUGAAGAUGCCAGCAACAGCAUUGGCUAUAAUACCUUUGAUAAUGUACCUGAGUAGCUUUAAAGUAUCAUUAGUUAUUGAAAAAAUUAACACUAAAUUGGGACGAAAAGUUGCUUAUUCCAUCGGAGUGACUCUGGGUUUAUUGGCAUGUGUAUGGAUAUGGUUCGGUCAAGGAAAGACUUUUAUCAACUAUGAAAUAUACCCUGUAUCAUUAUUAUUAGGUGCCAGUGGAUCUAUUAUGCUGGUGACAAGUCUUGGGGUGACAGCAGAUCUAAUUGGUCACAAUGUAGACAGUAGUGCAUUUGUAUUUGGUGCUAUGAGCUUUACAGAUAAACUAUGUAACGGAGUUGUUGUGAUGAUAAUUCAAUAUGUACGAUGCACUAAAAAUUGUCCAACUUAUUAUCGAGACGUUCUGAGUUUCGUUUGUGGAGGAGCAGCUUUAAUUGGAUUCAUUAUGUUGAUGUCCAUCAAGAAAAAUUCAGAUCAUAAUUCUGAUCUGUCACAUUAUCAAAACUUGGAAAGUGACUUGGGCUUGGGUUCAGACGACCAACAUUCAUCAGCUACUACAACCGAGGGUGAAAAUAAGAAUGCUUAAUUUGGAAAAAAAUACAUACAAAAAAUAGGAAAUCUGAAAUUAAGAAAGUUUUAUUGUAUUAAAAAAAAAUUAAUUAUUAUUAACAACGUUUAAUUGCUAUUGAAAUAAUAUGUAGUUAUUAUUAACUUCCCAGUGGGAAGUUACAAUAAUGGGUCCGAUUUUGCGAAUCCCG